ACCCACGGGCUCCUUCUGCACCCCGACCCUCUGAGCUCCUCCCUGCCCAGUGCACGGGAUCCCAGGGCCACCCGCUCCAGCCGCAGACGCCGCCGCAGUCCCAUCCAGUGCCAUGUCCCUGCUCUGGCUGGUGCCCGUCGGGCAGAAGCUGCUGCUUUGGAGCGCACUGAGCGCCGCGUGCCUGGCGGCCGCCUCCCUCCUGCUGAGCUUCCUGCGGGUGGUGGCGUUCUAUACGCGAAACUGGCAGCGGCUGCGCUCCGUGCCCACCGUCGCGGGCGCCUGGCCCGUGGUGGGACACGCACUGGUGAUGAAGUCCGACCCGAGGGAAUUUUUCCAGCAGCUAAUUACUUAUUCUGAAGAAUACCGCAAAAUGCCAUUGAUAAAACUUUGGCUUGGGCCAGUGCCAUUGAUGAUCCUUUACAAAGCAGAAAAUGUGGAAAUCAUUUUAAGUAGUUCAAAGCAAAUUGAUAAGUCCUCUAUGUACAAAUUCCUGGAACCAUGGCUUGGCCUAGGACUUCUUACAAGUACUGGAAACAAGUGGCGUUCCAGGAGGAAAAUGUUAACACCCACUUUCCACUUUACAAUUCUGGAGGACUUCUUAGAGGUCAUGAAUGAACAAGCCAGUAUACUUAUUGAAAAGCUUGAAAAACAUGUUGACAAGAAAGCAUUUGACUGUUUUCUCUACAUCACCCUUUGUGCACUAGAUAUCAUCUGUGAAACAGCAAUGGGUAAGAAUAUUGACGCUCAAAGGAAUGAUGAUUCCGACUAUGUUCGUGCAGUUUAUAGUAUGAGUGACAUAAUCCUUCACAGGAUGAAACUGCCCUGGCUCUGGCUUGAUUCUGUAUUCCAUAUGUUUAAGGAAGGAAUUGAACAUAAAAAGAGCCUAAAGAUCCUGCAUGAUUUCAGCAAUAGUGUCAUCACUGAAAGGGCCAAUGAAUUUGAGAGAGAGGAAAAAUGCAAAGCUGAGAACAACAGCACCUCCAAAACCAAACGCAAGGCUUUUCUUGACUUGCUUCUGAAUGUAACUGAUGAGGAAGGAAACAAGCUAAGUCAUGAAGAUAUUCGAGAAGAAGUUGACACCUUUAUGUUUGAGGGCCAUGAUACCACCGCUGCUGCAAUAAACUGGUCCUUGUACCUCUUGGGUUCUUAUCCAGAAGUCCAGAAAAAAGUGGAUGAGGAACUGGAUGAAGUGUUCGGGAAGUCUGAUCGCCCUGUUACAACAGAGGACCUGAAAAAACUUAAAUAUCUGGAAUGUGUUAUUAAGGAGACUCUUCGUCUAUUUCCUUCGGUUCCUUUAUUUGCUCGUCAACUUAAUGAAGAUUGUGAAGUUGCGGGCUACAAAAUUGUGAAAAACGCUGAAGCAAUCAUCUUUACCUAUGGACUGCAUAGAGAUCCACAAUAUUUCCCAGACCCUGAGGUGUUCAAGCCAGAAAGGUUCUUUCCUGAGAACUCUCAAGGACGCCAUCCAUAUGCAUAUGUGCCCUUCUCUGCUGGACCAAGAAACUGUAUAGGCCAAAGGUUUGCCAUGAUGGAAGAAAAGACCAUCCUUUCCUGUAUCCUGAGACAGUUCUGGAUAGAAUCCACCCAGAAGAGAGAAGAGCUUGGUGUGGCAGGAGAUCUGAUUCUUCGGCCAACCAAUGGCAUUUGGAUCAAGUUGAAGAAGAGACACUCAGAUGAGUCCUAGCUCUGAGACAAGGCUAUGCCUUAAUCCUGAGAAGUAUUUACUAAAAGAAGCUUUGCAUUUAUAAUUUAUAGAUUUUGAUUUUGAAAACCUUAACCCCUAGACCUAAUUUUUUUAAACACACUAACACUGAUGUUAGCUCUACUAAAUAGAGUCUUUAAAUUUUCAUUACCACCAGAGAUCUUAUGUUGUUACUGAUAACUAAGUAGAGUUAAAUGAUAUUUUUUCUUUUAAUAAAAACUUCAUAAUCCUCUCAAAAGACACAGCAAAUUAAAUUUUAUUAGACAGGCCCAAAGGGCAUAUUAAUGUUAAGUGGGUUUUUUUUUUUGCUGUUUCAGGAAUAAUUAUAUGCACCUAUACCUAUGCAUUCAAGCUGAAAGAGAAUAUUGUCUAUUAACUUGAAUAGCUUACAUCUCUAAUGAUAUCAACAAUGACAAUAAUUACUGACAUUUCAGGUUUUUAUCACAGAAAUAGGUAAUACAUAAUUUAAUUCAUGGAUUCUAUGCUCAUUUUUCUUUAGACAUUGAACUUAGAACUCUUAUUUCACUCUUAUUGCAUGACAAAUAUGUCAGAUGCUAUUGUAGAGAUUCCUCUUGGAAACAGACAAUCUUUCAUAGUACCUGAUAGGGCUGUUGAAUGGAUUUUGGAAUAAGACGAACCAAACUUACACAGAUUGUUUCUUUACUGUUUCCAAGUCAAUCACAGAUAUAAAACACAAAUAAAGAGGAUGGAGGUUGUAUUGUUUGAUAUAAAUCAAAGGCAGAAUUUAUAAAAUAAAUUAUUUAUCGAACAGUACAAGAUAAGGCAUAUGAAGGGGUCAGUGGCUCUAUCUACUUAACCAUCCCAAAGAGCCUCUGUGUAGACAUCCUAGUAUUUAAAACGAUCAUAAGAGUCAAGGAAAUAUCUAAUGCAGUUGAAAAAGACACCCUAUCACUAACUUUGUAUUUAAAACUGGGGUGGGAGAGAGUUUGACUGGCUAGAGCACAUGCAAGAGGUCCAGGUUUGAUCGCUGGCACAGCACAGUCCUCUGAACAUCACCAGUUGUAUCCCAACACAAUAAAAACAGAAAACAAAAUUUCAAAAGUACAUUUAAGUAGAAAAUACCCUUACAAAAUGAUUCAAUAUUUUAAAUGUAUUCUUGGAAAUCAGUAUUAUUUCUCAAUUUUAUGUUCUUAAAAAUUUAUAUUUAACCCUUUCAAAAUAAAAAUCAGUGACUGUAUUAGAUGUGAAAUUACCUUUUAAAUACAACAUAAAUUUUAUCAUUUGGCUGGGGAUCUUAAUUUUUCUCAUAAUGUUUAUUAAUAUCUCAAUAAAUAGUCACUUUUACCAUCAAUGUUUAGUUUCUUUCAUGUUCUGUGGUAGUCAAUGUGGAUGAUAAUUAUUUUAAAU